AUGAGACAAGUUCCACAUAAUUGAUUUAUCAUGUUGCUUAUUUAGUAGGUAAAGGAUAUAAAGCCCGUCACACCUUUAUUUAUUUUUUUUUUUUUUAAGUGGUUUGUUUAUUUCUUUGUACUCAACUUUAAUUAUAUGUUUUAGUCUUUUUCAUCAUGUUUUUGCAAAUUGCACAUCUUAUUCAAACACGUCCACGUACAUUUCAUUCCACCAGUAUAUACACACUAUAUAUAUUCCUCUACUUAUAAACUUAACUAAGUAGUAGAAAUAAAAUAAAAAGCAUUUCAAACAUUCUUGUUUAUAAACUAUAUUACAAUAAAUAAAAGAGAGGGCAAAUAAUUAUCAUAUUGAAGAGAGAUGGAAUGGAGAAAAUGUUAUUUGGAUUUGCUAUUGGUGCCUUUGAGUUUCUUGGUUUUGACUAUAUAUCAUAUAUGGAUAUGGAAUAAGGUUCGAACUCAGCCCCUCUCUACCAUCAUGGGCACUAAUUCUCAUGCAAGAAGAUAUUGGGUUGCAGCCAUUAUGAAGGACAAUGAAAAGAAGAACAUCCUAGCCGUCCAAACAAUAAGGAACACAAUCAUGGGAUCAACCCUAAUGGCCACCACUUCCAUCCUCCUUUGCUCAGGCUUAGCAGCCAUCUUAAGUAGCACAUACAGCAUCAAGAAGCCGUUAAACGACACCGUGUAUGGUGCACACGGCGAGUUCAUGAUGGCUCUCAAAUAUGUGACCUUGCUCCUCAUCUUCUUGUUCUCAUUUAUGUGCCACUCAUUAUCAAUUAGGUUCAUUAAUCAAGUUAAUUUCUUGAUUAAUACGCCUCAACAUGACCUAAUAGCUGCUAAAAUUCCACCAAGUUAUGUGUGUGAAUUAUUGGAGAAAGGGUUUGUGUUAAACAUUGUUGGAAAUAGGCUUUUUUAUGCUGCCCUACCACUUUUGCUUUGGAUUUUUGGGCCUGUCCUAGUUUUUCUUUGUUCGGUUGCCUUAGUUCCUAUAUUUUACAAUCUAGAUAUUGUUUUUGAGUUUGAUGAUGAUUUGGGCAAAGGAGAUCAUGAGAUGACUCGUGAGGAUUUCUUGUCUGUUUGAAUAAUUUGAUUCUAUGUUAAUUAAUUGCGAAAUAUAUGAAAUGAGAUUGAUAAUAUUUGAUAAAGUUUGUUUUAUCUCUUUGUACUUUUGAUCGAUGUGAUUGUACCUAUAAAAGACAAGCUAGGUUAUUUAUAUUGAA